AUGAAGAUUAGAAAUUAUGAAGAGUCUAGCAAUUUGGUUAGAAAUUGUGAAAAGUCCAGCGAAUCAGUUGGAAAUUAUGAAAAGUUCAGUGAAUUGGCUAGAAACUAUAAAGUGUUUAGCAAAUCAGCUAGGAACUAUAAAGGGUUUAGCAAAUUGGCUAGAAACUGUAAAAAGUCUAAUGAUUCAAUUAGAAACUAUGAAGCAUCUGGUGAAUCAGUUAGAAAUUAUGAAGGAUCAAGUGACUUGGUUAAAAAUCGUGAUG